AAUGAAAAAUAUCUCCUCCUCAUAAGAUCUUUAAGCUUUAACUUUGAUUGAUUCUUAUUUUGUAGUUUUAAAUGACAGGAAGAGAAUUCGUCAAACUACAAACUUCUAAUCUGCCUAAAGAAAAUUCAAAGAAAAGAGUGUAAAAAUUAGAAGAAAAAGUUGUCAUUGUUAAUAAUGUGGGGAAAUGAGUGCAUUAUAAUUUAAUAUGAUGAAUGUUCCUUUCUAAAAAAAAGAAUAAAUAAUUGAAAAAGUCAAAAAGUAAAAUUAAGAAACUCCUAGCUAAUCAAAAGGUAUAACUUCUUUUGUAUAAUAUUAGAGAGAAGAAGUAUUUUUUAUCAAUUACAAUCAUUAAAAUCAACAGAGAAUACUAAUGUAAGACUUUCUCUCUAGAUUCAUGGAAUUGGCAAGAAUUUUUGUAGACCAAGCACAAUUAAACAAUUAAUAGCAGAAAGCAAUUAAAGAUCAAGAAGAGGAAGUAUAUAUGGUAGCUACUAAGGAUAAACUUCGACAUCUGAUAAUCAUUCAGUAAAAUCUCUCAGUAUAAAUAUUUUUCAAGAUUAAAGUCCAUUAAAAACUUAAUCACCUAAUAAUGAAACUAUCACAAAUAGAAACACUAUUUUGAGUUCAAAAUAAAAUUUAAUGAAAAAUACCUAUUUCUCUUAAUCAGUUCGUUCACUUAAAACAACUUAAUAAUCAUAAUUUAAUAAAUAUAAAGGUUGUAUAUUGCCUAAACUUAAUUAAAAAAAGCAAGAAGAUUGA